AUGGUGGGAAGAGUGCUGAAGAUGGUGGAAAGUUGGUCAAGGAAUGACAUGAUGGCAAAGAAACUCAGUAUAUUGGAAGUCCUUCUGAUCAUCUUCUUCCUGACUGUACUGGCCUUAGACAUCUUCUUGAUGUUUUUUGUGUUGAAGAAAACUGAAGAGACUGCGUUUGUUCCAGAGUGCCCAGAGAUCCCCGAAUCAGAGAGGAUAGACUGUGCUCCAGGCCAGGUGGUGACAGAGGAUGUCUGCAGCCAGCAACAUAAGUGCUGCUGGAAACCGGCACCCGACACUAAUGUCCCUUGGUGCUUCUUCCCCAGGAACUGGGGCUAUGAAGUCAGCAGUAGCAAGAAUCAUACAAGGACAGGGUUUACAGCCCAGUUGAAAAAGUUGCCGUUCCCAUCUCUGUUUGGAUACGAUGUCAAGAACGCCGUCUUCACAGCUGAAUAUCAGACACCCAAUCGUUUUCAUUUUAAGAUCAAUGAUAAGGACAACAAACGCUAUGAAGUCCCCCCUGAAAUUAUUAACCUGUCUAAUAGGACUACUAGAACCUCCAAUUUGAACUAUCACAUAGAGGUCAUUGAUAAGCCCUUCAGCAUCAAGAUAAUGAGGACAAGCAACAGAAGAGUCUUACUGGACACGAGCAUCGGGCCCCUGCAGUUUGCCCAGCAGUACCUGCAGCUGUCCUUCCGACUUCCCAGCACUGCUGUGUACGGGCUGGGGGAGCACGUGCACCAGCAGUACCGCCACAACAUGAGCUGGAAGACCUGGCCCAUCUUCACGCGCGAUGCCGCCCCCACCAAGGACAUGAUUAAUCUGUAUGGAGCUCAUACAUUCUUCCUGUGCCUUGAAGACACCAGUGGCUCCUCUUUUGGUGUUUUUCUGUUGAACAGUAAUGCCAUGGAGGUCACCCUGCAGCCUGCUCCUGCGAUCACUUACCGCACGAUUGGGGGCAUCCUUGACUUUUAUGUAUUCCUGGGAAAUACUCCAGAACAAGUGAUUCAGGAAUACCUGGAGCUCAUUGGACGACCAUUGCUGCCUCCCUACUGGAGUCUUGGGUUCCAGCUUAGUCGCAGGAACUAUGGUGGCAUCAGUGGAUUGAAGGAGGUUGUGAACCGAAAUCUUGUAGCUGGGAUCCCUUAUGAUGUCCAGUACUCUGACAUAGACUACAUGGAUGGAAAUAAGGAUUUCACCAUUGAUCAACAAGCCUUCCCUGAUCUCUCAGAUUUUACCAACGACUUACAUAAGCAAGGACUGAAAUAUGUAAUCAUUAUGAAUCCUGGCAUCUUAAAUAACUCUGACUAUCAGCCCUAUAUGAAUGGAAGGAAAAAGAGAGUAUGGAUCUUGGGGGACAAUGGCUUUGUCGUUGGGCAGGGAUACCCCGGAUGGACGGUCUUUCCUGAUUAUAGUAAUCCGACUUGCACUCAGUGGUGGACAGAGCAGUUCAGUGAAUUUCAUAAAACUCUCGAGUUUGAUGGAGUGUGGAUUGAAAUGGAUGAAGUAACCAGCUUUCUCCAAGGUUCUGAUCGCGGGUGUGAAUGGAACACCCUCAACUUUCCUCCUUUCACUCCCCGAAUUCUGGACCGCUUGCUUUUUGCAAGAACCCUCUGCAUGGAUGUAGAAUUUCAGUGGGGCUUUCACUAUGAUGUCCAUAGCUUGUAUGGCUACUCCAUGGCAAAAGCAACACACUCGGCCAUGGAGAAUAUCUUCCCCAGUAAAAGUAGCUUCAUCUUAUCCCGCUCUACUUUUGCUGGAUCUGGCAAAUAUGCUGCACAUUGGUUGGGGGAAAACUCGGCCACAUGGGAUGACCUCCGAUGGUCCAUCCCUAGUAUCCUUGAGUUCAACCUAUUUGGUAUCCCCAUGGUAGGUGCCAACAUCUGUGGUUACACAAAAAAUGUCACAGAGGAGCUCUGCACAAGAUGGAUGCAGCUUGGAGCAUUUUAUCCACUAUCAAGGAAUCACAAUGGGCCUGGAUUCAGGGACCAGGAUCCUGCCGCCUUUGGUAAACACUCUCUGUUGGUGAAUUCUUCCAGAUAUUAUCUGAACAUCCGAUACACCCUGCUGCCCUACCUCUACACCCUUUUCUACCGAGCUCACACACGGGGGGACACCGUAGCGAGACCCCUGGUCCAUGAGUUCUACCAGGACCCAGCUACUUGGGAUGUGCACGAGCAGUUCUUAUGGGGGCCUGGACUCCUCAUCACACCUGUUUUAUAUGAGGGUGUGGACCGAGUGAAAGCAUACAUACCGGACGCCAUCUGGUACGACUAUGAGACACGGGUAGCCAUCCAGUGGAGGAAACAAUCGGUGGAGAUGCUGCUGCCACUCGAUAGGAUAGGACUUCACCUCCGAGGGGGCUUCAUAUUUCCUACCCAACAACCCAACAUGACCACAGAGGCCAGUCGAAAGAAUUCCCUGGGACUCAUUGUUGCCUUGGACUACAAGAGAGAGGCAAAGGGCGAGCUGUACUGGGAUGAUGGUGUAUCUAAAGAUGCUGAAAAGAAGUAUAUUCUGUAUGAUUUUUCUGUCACCUCUAACCGUCUACAGGCAAAUAUUACAAAUAAUAACUAUACGGACCCUAACAACCUCAUGUUUACAGAUAUCAUAAUCUUGGGAAUGGACAAGCAACCUACCAAUUUUACCGUCUUACUUAGUAAUUCUGCCACCUCCAUUUCAAAUGUUGCCUACGAUGUUUCAUCAAAGGUGGUGAAGAUCAGUGAUCUCAAGGGACUGGUACUCGGUCAAGAAUUCUCCAUUGAAUGGAAACUUCCAGUCAGUGACCUGGAGAAAUUCAAAUGCUACCCUGAGGAUGCUGCUGUCUCUGAGGAGAGUUGUAGGCUGCGGGGGUGCCUUUGGGAGUACACAGCUGUUCCUGAUGUGCCCACCUGUUACUAUGACACCAUCCCUAGGUAUGCCGCCAGUAACAUUCAGUACCUGCCUACGGGCAUCACCACAGACCUUGCCCACCUGGGGGCCCCGGAAUCAGCCCGAGCAGCCCCUGCCUCUGGCUCUCUCUCUGCAACAAUCAGUUUCCUCCAGCUGAGCGUGAUCUACCACACAGAAAACAUGCUGCAGUUCAAGAUCUUUGAUUCCACGAACAAAAGGUACGAGGUCCCAGUGCCUCUGAACACCCCUCCCUCUCCAGUUGGCUCCCCUGAAGACCGUCUGUAUGACGUCAGGAUUCAGAACAAUCCUUUUGGGAUCCAGAUUCGGCGAAAAAGCUCCAGCACUGUGAUCUGGGAUUCUCAGCUGCCUGGCUUCACCUUCAACGACAUGUUCCUCUCCAUUUCUACUCGCCUCCCCUCUCAGUACAUCUAUGGCUUUGGGGAGACAGAGCACACAGCUUUCAGAAGAAAUAUGAACUGGACCACGUGGGGAAUGUUUGCUCGUGAUGAGCCCCCAGCGUAUAAGAAGAAUUCCUAUGGCGUCCACCCCUACUACAUGGCACUGGAGGAGGAUGGCAGUGCCCAUGGGGUGCUCCUGCUAAACAGCAAUGCCAUGGAUGUGUCAUUCCAGCCCACUCCUGCCCUAACAUACCGCACCACAGGAGGGAUUUUGGACUUUUAUAUGGUUUUGGGGCCAACCCCUGAGCUUGUAACUCAACAAUACACUGAGUUGAUUGGUCGGCCAGCAAUGACUCCAUACUGGGCCUUGGGAUUCCAGCUAAGUCGCUACGGAUACCAGAAUGAUACUGAGAUCUCUCAAUUGUAUGAGGCAAUGAUGGCGGCCCAGAUUCCCUAUGAUGUCCAGCAUGUAGACAUCGAUUACAUGGACCGGAAGCUGGACUUCACUCUCAGCCCCAGCUUCCAAAACCUCGGCCUCCUGAUUGAGCAAAUGAAGAAUGAUGGCAUGAGAUUCAUUCUCAUUCUGGACCCAGCCAUUUCUGGCAAUGAGACCCAGUAUCGCCCAUUCACCAGAGGGCAGGAUAACAAUGUAUUCAUCAAAUGGCCCAACAGCAAUGACAUUGUCUGGGGAAAGGUUUGGCCAGAACUGCCCAAUGUGAAUGUGGAUACAUCCCUUGACCAUGAAACUCAGGUUAAGCUGUACAGAGCCAACGUUGCUUUUCCUGACUUCUUACGUAAUAGCACAGCCGCAUGGUGGAAGAUGGAAAUAAAAGAGCUGUAUGCGAAUUCUGAAGAGUCAGAGAAGAGCUUAAAGUUUGAUGGAUUGUGGAUUGAUAUGAAUGAGCCAUCAAACUUUGUGGAUGGAUCUGUCAGGGGCUGCAGCGAUGAAAUUCUUAAUAAUCCACCCUAUAUGCCAUAUUUGGAGUCCAGGGACAAGGGCCUGAGCAGCAAGACCCUGUGCAUGGAGAGUGAGCAGGUCCUGCCAGAUGGCUCUCGGGUGCGGCACUACGACGUUCACAGCCUGUACGGAUGGGCCCAGACCAGACCCACCUACGAAGCUGUGCAGGAGGUGACGGGACAGCGAGGGGUCAUCAUCACCCGCUCCACAUUCCCCUCUUCUGGCCGCUGGGGAGGCCAUUGGCUGGGCGACAACACGGCCGCGUGGGACCAGCUGAGGAAAUCGAUCAUUGGCAUGAUGGAGUUCAGUCUCUUUGGAAUACCGUAUACAGGAGCGGAUAUUUGUGGCUUCUUUGGAAAUGCUGAAUAUGAGAUGUGUGUUCGCUGGAUGCAACUGGGGGCCUUUUACCCCUUUUCCAGAAACCACAACACCAUCGGGACAAGGAGACAAGAUCCUGUGGCCUGGAAUUCCACCUUCGAGAUGUUCUCCAGAAAAGUCCUUCAGACCAGAUACACCCUGCUGCCCUACCUCUACACUUUGAUGCAUAAAGCUCACACUGAGGGCAGCACUGUCGUCCGACCCCUUCUCCAUGAGUUUACGAAUGACAGCAAAACAUGGGAUAUAGACCGUCAGUUCAUGUUGGGUCCUGCCCUCUUAAUCAGCCCCGUGCUGGAAAGUAACACUUUUGAGACCCCUGCUUAUUUUCCCCCAGGCCGCUGGUAUGACUACAGCACGGAAACUGGCAAUGUGUCGACAGGUGAGUGGAAAAUCCUGGACACUCCCCUUGACCACAUCAACCUUCAUAUCAGAGGAGGCUACAUCCUGCCUUGGCAAGAGCCUGCGAUGAACACUCACGCCAGUCGACAAAAAUUUAUGGGAUUGAUUGUUGCAUUGGACGACAAUGGGAAAGCUGAAGGCCAGGUAUUCUGGGAUGAUGGACAAAGCAUUGAUACCUAUGAAAAUGGAAACUAUUUCUUGGCAAACUUUACAGCAACUCAGAAUCUAUUGCAAAUCCAGGUCGAACACAAUAAGUAUUUGAGUGACUUGAAUCCACUGAAAGUUGGAUAUAUUAAAAUCUGGGGGAUAAGCUCUACUUUUGUGACACAAGUCACUUUCACCUAUGACAACCAGCAAAUCAUGGAGAUGAAUUUCAAGAGUGAUCCUUAUAAUCAGACGCUGACUAUUCAACUGACUGACAAGAUUAUUAGCCUAGAAAAGCUAACUGAGGUUACUUGGAUAUACGGUGGCCCUAUAGUUUCUACUACACCUAUGACAAGUACCUUCCCAACAAGUUCUCUACAUCCUUCUACAGUUCCUACUAAGGCUACCACUUUUGAGACUGUUAUCACUAGUUCUGCUUACACUAGUACCACUCUUCCUAUUCCAACCACUGCUUUCUCAACAAGUGCUACUGAAGUUACAACUAGUACUACAGGCCGUAAUACCACUACACCUUUCCCAACAAGUACUAUUGACAUUACAACUAGCACUGCUGUUCCUAAUACCACUACACCUACCCCCACAAGUACUAUCGUUAGUAGUAGUACUCUUCCUAUCACAAGCACUCCUUUCCCAACAAGUACUGUUGAUGUUACCACUAGUACUACUGGAGCUACCACUAGUACUACUGUUCCUAAUACCACUACACCUACCCCCACAAGUACUAUCGUUAGUAGUAGUACUCUUCCUAUCACAAGCACUCCUUCCCCAACACGUACUACUGGAGUUACCACUAGUACUACUUUUCCUGAUACUACUACACCUUCCCCCACAAGCACUACUGCUAGUACUAGUACUCUUCUUAUCACAGGCACUCCUUUCCCAACAAGUGCUACUGAAGUUACGAGUAGUACUACUGUUCCUAGUACCACUACACCAUCCCAUAUAAGUACCCCUACUGCUAGCACUAGUACUACCCUUCCUAUCACAAGCACUCCCUUCCCAGCAAGCACUAUUGAAGUUACAACUAGUACUGCUGUUACUAAUACCACUGUGCUUUCCCCUAUAAGUACUGCUAGCACUAGUACUACUCUUCCUAUCAUAACCACUCCUUUCCCAACAAGUAAUACUGAUGCUAGCACCAAUACUACUGUUCGAAUUGCCACUACUCUUUCUCCAACAAGCACUGAUAGUACUAGCACCAAUAAUGCUGUUCCAAUUACAACUACUCCUUCUACAAAUAGUAGUGCUGAUAGUACUAGCAAUAGUUUUCCUAUUAUGACUACUUUUUCUGUAAGUACUCAUGCUAUGAACACUACUGUUGCUAUGGUAACCACUUCUCCUAUAAGUGCUGAUGUUGUUAGCACUGGCAACCAUACUCCUAUUACCAGUUCUCCUUUCCCUACAAUAUCUGGUGGUAAUAGUACUAGUAAUACUAUUCCUACAAUGUCUACUCCUUCUACAGAUAUUUACACUAUUAGCACGAAUACCACAGCUGUCCCCAUCACCAAUACCCGAAAUAGUACAGGGAAUGCAGUAAAUAUUACCGAUGCAAAUAACUCUAGCACUGUUCCAGGUAACACCACACAUGUUUCUAUUCCAAAUACCACAAUAGCAUUAGUUACUAUUUUAAUGACCGCUCUUCCAGACACAGCAACUCACUAUCAGGUAACAACAAACUCUACAGUCAGUCAUUUACCUCUUAUUGCAACUAAUGCUACCACCGAUAUUAUAAAUACUACCACAUAUGCUCUAAAUACUACCAUUCUUGAUAGAACAACAAUGAAUGCUUCUGCUACCAUAUCAACUUAUAUUGCAAAUGUCAAAAAUGCUACUCUAGUUCCAUGA